GUUCUAUUUUAUUUGAUGUCGGUGUUUCUGAUAUAUAUUCUUUAGAAGAUUUCAAAGAGAAAUCUCACAUGAUCUGACAACUCAUUUCUAUUUGUUAGUAGAAAGGUUUAAAAUGAAUGAAUUAACUCUGCCCCCAUCACCUAACUGGUACUUAAGUACUAUUCUGGCAUGUGCCAGCGAUGGUACAGUUGCAUGGGGAUCUAGAAAUUCAAUAGUCAUUGCUAAGUCUGAUGAUGACAAAAAGCUCAAUUAUAAAAUUAUUGAUAAAGCUUCUACUGAACGUAUAACUUCAGUAGCCUUUGCUCCAUUAAAAGAGACGGAUAAUUAUUUGAGUUUAGUUUCAAGUGCUGAUGAUCACACAGUCAAAGUUUGGAACCUCAGCGAUUUAAGCUUGCAAAUGAAAAAUACACAGUUGGCAAGCAAUCAAAAAGUAAUUGGAGUUGACUGGUCAAAACACAAUCCAAAUCUGAUCUGUUUUGUUAGUGAGGAUGGAAUACUUAUAACAUGGGAUAUAAAGUAUAAUACAACUCAAGAGAUUAAUCUCACCAAAAUUACUGGAAACAAAUGGAUAGCUACCUGCAUUGCUUGCUGUCCACAUGAUUCAAAUCUUGUGUCGAUUGGUUCAAAGAGUGGAUUAAUAUGUCUUGUUGAUGUAAGAGCAAUUGGUAAAACCAACUACAAGUAUCAUAAACUGAGAGGUCACAAUAAGGAAAUAGUCAGUUUGUCAUGGUGUCCAGUUCCUAUCAAUGUUUUCCAAGAGGAAGAGACAAAGGAGUUUUUAUUAGCAUCUGGUGCUAAAGACAGAGAAAUAUAUAUAUGGAAGGCAGGAACAGAUUAUCGGUACGAGGUUAAAUUAACAUUUGCAAGUACACCACUGGAUUCAAGCCACCAUAAAACUAAAGUCAGUAGUUCAGCUGGAAAUUUUACUGCAGUUUGUUGGCUAGAACCAACAACUCUUUUGACAAGUUCUCCAUGGGGAGAACUUUUGAUGUGGGAUUUAACUGGAUUCAAUCCAAAUAAAAAAUUCACAUCAGCAUUAGUUCAUGCUAUUCAUACCAAAGGAUUGUUUUCAAUUGCAGGAUUAAACGAAAAAUCUAUCGAUAAAGUUGACACAAAUAAAACUCUUGAGGAUGACAAUUGGAGAAUAAAAGAUAAUAUUAAAGCAAUAUGGACAGUCUCCCAAGAUCGUCAAGUUAUUUGCUCUAGUAUUGUUCAUGGUGAGACCAUUAUAGAAUACAAAGUCCCAACAAUGGGAGGCUUUGUUUAUUGCAUGUCUGCUUGUUCAGUUGAUACAUCACAAAUAGCUUUUGGAGUUGGUGACAACAUGAUUCGAUUAUGGAACCUUUCUGAACCUUAUGAAAAGUCCAUAGAUUUGCAAAUUCUAUGGGAAAAAAUUAUGGGAAAAGUGAGAGCUCUUGCUUGGCAUCCAGAAAAAGAAAAUUUAUUAGCUUUUGCGACAGAUGAAGGACGUAUUGGCGUAUAUGAUACAAAUGUAAAGAAACCUCCAAUUUUAUAUAGAUUAUAUCACAGGUACACUGUCUAUAGGAUUGGCUGGGGUCCAGCUCCACAUUUAAACGAACAUGCUUUGUACUCUUGUGCCGAUUAUGAAGUGGUUUAUUAUAAUCACGGAAAAACUGAAGAGGCUCCUAAAUCUGUUGUAAAAAAAGACUGUACGGAUUUCAGUUGGAAACCAGAUUACUCACUCUUAGCUUUAGGUUUUGUAGAUGGGUCUAUUUCGUUUCUAAAACCUGACUUGUCAGAAACUGGUCUAAAAAUUCGCGUAUUAACCAAACCUAUACAAUGUUUUGCUUGGCAUCCUGAAAGUACUGCAUCAGAUAUGAAUUUUUCUUCAAUGAAAAACUAUUUAGCAGUGGCUACGACUGAUAGUAAUAUCACAAUUUGCGAUAUUUCUAGCAAACUAGAUAAUGGAAACGACUCUAAUGAACCGUCCUAUAGACUUGUUGCAAUUUUGAGCGGACAUAAUGGAAAAGUAGUCUGCCUUGCCUGGAGUCCACAUAUAAGUGGAUAUUUAGUGUCUGGAGCUUAUGACUAUUCUGCUCUAGUAUGGAAAGUGGAAACUCAAGAACUUAUUGCAUCUUUCACUGGUCAUUUGGGUCCAAUUCAAUGCUGUAUGUGGAGUCCAUUUAGUCAAGACUUGAUAUUGACUGGUUCUGCUGAUUUUACUCUUCGGAUAUGGAGUAUUUCUAAACAAGGCAUAUCAGUUUUACCUCAUACGGUAAAAACUUCGACAAAGGGUAAAAGAACCAAGAAAAAGAAAGCAAAGGAUUCAGUAAUUAGCGACACUAGUAUAGAUGCAAGUUCACUGAAGGAAAUAAGCGAUCGGUUGUCAGUUGUAGAAAAGUUGACGAAGUUAAGUCUCAACGAAAGUGAUGAAAUUAAUAAAGCGACGAAAAAGAAGAAAAAGAAAGUUACCUAUUUUCCAAAAUAUGCUGAAAUUAAUAAGGAUAAUGACCAAUGGUGCGAUACAGUUAAAAAUCUCUUGGAUUUUGUUGAAAAUGAAAAUUACAACAGUGAAACUGGUACACCUAAUUACAAUGACUUGGAACACAAUCCUAUACAAGAACAUAAAAUUAUCAAACCAGAAAAACCUUUUCUUUUUCUUGGGAAUAAGAAAAAUCUUGAAGAAGCACUAGAACACGAAAAAAAUCUUUUAAAAAGUAUUGGUUACUACAAUAUUGUGACUGAAAUAGAUUUGUGGAGAGGUAACUUGAAAGAAAAUUUGGAAGAUGCUUUGAAGAACAAACGAUUAAACGAUUUUUUGGUUUCAUUAGCCGCCUCUAUCUCUAUGGAAUUUUGGAUAGAAAUGUGUGAGGGAUAUGCUGUUCAACUCAAUUCCGAAGAACACUAUCAUAAAGCAGUGUCUUACCUACUUUGCCUCAACAAAGUUAAUGAAGCAAUUGAUAUUUUUGUCAAUGCUAAAUUGUACAAAGAAGCAUAUGCACUUGCAUCAUCUAAGUUAAGUUCGGAAGAUCUUAUCGUGAAAAAUAUUUUAGUGCAAUGGGCUAAUAGUGCUGAAAAAGAUGGCCAUUUCCAAAACGCCUCUGAAUGUUAUAUAAAAUUGAAAGACUUUACCAAAGCAGCCAAAGUUUUAGAACGCAGAAAAGAUUUAAAAAGUCUAAUUUUAGCGAUCGACGUCGCCGAAAGGUCUAAAGAUAACAGUUUGAUGGCAUCAAUUGCAGAAAAAGCUGUACUUGAAGCUCUUGUUACUUCUGACAUACAAACUGCCAAAUUAAUCGUCAACAAGUAUCCUAUAGUCCAGUAUCGCGAGUUAGAAAUAGAAAUAUUUGACGAAUUGAAUAAAUUAUUUGAAAAUUUUGGAGAUGAAACGAUUUUUAAAUGGUUGAAAGGUGCACCGAGCGCAUGUCUUCUUGAAGGUAUAAAGUUUCGUUUCGCAAGUAAUUCUACUAAAUAUUCAUUGUUAAUGCAAAAAGAUGUGUUUCCCGUUCUGUUAAAUGAAAAAAUCGUACAAGUUAAUGUAAGCCAUCAGUUUGCACUUUCAAUAUUAGCUGAGCAGGAAGAAAUGGCAUUAAAACAUAUUAUGUUAGCUUUUGAUAUCAUACUGCAAUAUGAGAAAACUGAUUGUGCUAUCGUGGAAGGCAAACUUCCAUUCUUGAUUAAAUAUUUUUCAAUAAUCGAUAGUAAAAGUAAUAUUAUUAACAACUAUCAGAAUGAAUUGGGCAAAAGUCUUCGCGGUUUUUUAUGCCAUGCGAUUAUCGACUGGUAUCUCAAAAACAAAUUAAUCGAAGAACAAAAGUCUGAAUGUAUUGAUUUAAUUAUAGAGAUAUUACAGGAAUGCAUUGUUAAUUUAUUAGACAGAGAGGCUGUCAAAUGUUGGACUAUAGCAAAUCAAAUUAAAAAUCUUGAAACGAAACUGACUGAAGUUAUGGUGAAUGUACCAAAUGGAGGUGAUUUGAAUGAUGCAGAGCCAUUGAUCGAGCAAUUAGAUCAGUUGAGAAAUGAAAGAACACAAUUUAUUGAACAAAGAGUAUCAUCUCCAAAUCCUUUGCUUAGUUAUGGCCUAGUAAUGGAAUUCAUUAAUAAAAUACCCAAUGAAAAUGUUCGGUAUACAAUGAAUGAAUUCGUUAUGGAAGUUUGGCAGAAAGCUAUUUCAUAAAUUGUAAUGCAAGUUUUUGUAUAAGAUUUUUUUAUACACUAAGUUUUUAAGUAUAUAUUUUUUUCAUGUUAUAUAAAAAUAUUCAAAGAA